CCGGGCCGGAGAGGAAGAGAGGGCAAGAAGAGCCAAAGAAAGCUCUCCCAACCCCCUCCCGGAAUUUCUUCUUCCGCUCCUCGCCGGCGCCCCGGAUUCCUUCGCAGGGGAGGAGGAGGAGGAGGAGGAAGGGGAUGGGGAGGGACGACAGGUUCCCGGUCUGGGAGGCCGCGCUCGGCGCCGGGGUCGCCGCCGUCUUCGCCGCGGGGCUCGUCGGGGUCUACCUCUCCAUGCCGGACUCCGACUACAGCUUCCUCAAGUUGCCCCACAACCUCCAGGAGCUCCAAAUCCUCACUGGCCAUCUUGAGAACUAUACCAGUGACUACACCGUGCAGGUGUUGGUAGGUUACUGCGCUGUGUACAUCUUCAUGCAGACCUUCAUGAUCCCAGGGACGAUAUUCAUGUCACUGCUUGCUGGCGCUCUAUUCGGGCAACUCCGGGGUGUGGCUCUCGUUGUCUUUGCCGCCUCUGCUGGUGCUUCUUCAUGCUAUUUUCUGUCAAAGAUGAUCGGAAAGCCGCUCGUGUUCUCGCUGUGGCCAGACAAGCUCACAUUUUUCCAGAAGCAGGUUGCGAGAAGAAGACAAAAGCUGCUGAAUUACAUGCUUUUCCUCAGGGUCACCCCGACAUUGCCAAAUACCUUCAUCAACUUAGCUUCGCCCAUUGUUGAUGUGCCCUACCAUACCUUCUUACUGGCAACUCUAAUCGGUCUCAUCCCAGCUGCCUACGUGACAGUGAGGGCUGGGAUUGCUCUAGGAGAAUUAACAUCGCUCAGUGACCUCUACGACACCCAGUCAGUAGCGCUGCUGUUCUUGAUCGGGAUUGUCUCGGUCACACCAGCGCUGCUGGGCAAGGACGAGGCGCAAGAAAAAACACCGGAAAUCGCAGUAGCCACUUCAUGAUCACCAAAGGCCUCUCCUCACCUAGUCACUUGUACAUACCAAGACACAGCAUGCGUUGGCUUAAUUGAAUCUGGGCCUACAGGCCAUAUGAGGUGGAUGAUGCAUGGUUUACGAGUUCAUGGGACUACACAACAGCAUGGCAGGACCUUGGACCUCAAGUCUGUCCAUUGCCGGCUUACUGGAGAUUUGUGGUGUCAUAAGAACAUUGUUUCAUUCAUGGUCACUCCCCACAUUGUUAUGAAUGAAUCUGGGAAGCUCAUUGCCCAUCCAUGAGGCAAAGCUGCUUCUGAUGUGUAGACAAGUAGCUUGUGUGCUGUGAUGCUGUUUAGAUGGAACAUGCAGCUAGUCUAAUCCUUGUAUAUAUAUUGACCAGAUUCAUUCAACCCAUAUUCAGUGAUUCAAUGACAAUACGUCUUUUGCUGUGU